AUGAGUACAGUGAUGAAGAAUCGCGCACGCCUUGUAUGCGUUCAAUGCCAUGGGCGCAAGAUCAAAUGCGACUUGGAAGAAAGCGCGGAUAAUACAUGUGCCUAUUGCCGCAGACAUAGCAUAACCUGCAUACGCCGCGAAGGUGUAAGAAAGCGUAGCACCACAACUCAACGGCGGCCUCGAAAGCCGUCCUUGACCGACUCAUCUAGUACUGACUUGCGGGCGGAUAUUUCGUAUGCAUUCUCAGAGGGGACCCCUGAUAUUUUCGCUGGCAAUACCGACAACCCGGCAUACAUUGGGGGACACUCGGUUCUCCAGGACGGCGACUAUGACCACCGAAUGGGUCCGCCUACUCCAGGUUUACCAGCCAACCCAGUGGCUGGCGGCUUCACAGCCAGCGUCAGACUCAGCAUAUUGAAUGCGACACAUGCUCAUACGCUACCGAAGCCGGCAUUACGGCAAGCUCUUUUUGAUGCCUUCUUCACGAAUCUCAGCUACUGUUUCCCAAUAGUCGGCAGAGCUGACGUCGAGUCUCCGGGCUCGUCUGUCUUGCUGCAGCAGGCGGUUUGUCUGGCUGGAAGCCUGAUGCGGCAGCCAAAUCUGCCAGACAGUUUCCCCAGAGCGCAAGCGAUAUACGAAAAGAUCAAGAUUCUGAUUUGUGUCAACUUCGAACCAAAUAUGCUCACGGUUCUCAAAACACUCAGUCUCUUGACGCUCUGGAGUCCAAAUCCGUCCCACAUAGUAAGCCUAGAUGGACCGUGGCAUGCAACUGGCAGCGCCGUGCGCUUAGCUGUCCAAAUGGGCAUGCACAAAAACUCGACCUACGCUGGCAAGUCUGAUCGCACAUGUCGCAGAAGGCUAUGGUGGCUGCUUUUUGCCAGCGACUGUGUGUUGGCGCUAAUUUAUGGCCGUUUACCUGCCCUAAAACGAGACGACUUUGACGUUCUUCCCUUAUCGGAGGAAGACUUUGAUGUCGUUGAUAUGCAAGCGAGGCAUUUCAUUGCAGAUAUAUCUUUGGCGCGAAUUAUGGGGGAACUGGCUCAUAAAGUCUCGCGCAACAUUUCUCCUACGCAGGAGGAGACACCAAUCGCCGACCUCCUUACCGACUGGAUGGCGGAUUUGCAUCCAGAUCUGCAACUAUAUGACAAGAAUGGUCAUAGGACAGCCUAUCAGUUUCCUAUUGUAGAGCUUCAUAUACAGUAUUUUGGAGCGGUGAUUCUUUCACAGGCCAUGUCGUGCCGGUUUUCAAAGCAGUGGGCGUGUUCAGCUGCCUGCUUGAUAGCGGCCAACUGCAUCGCGGGACUCUAUGAGGAAAUUUUAUACAGAGAGCAAGUGUGCCUACUCAUAACAAUGCAUUCCUUCUGGUGUCUAACAGCCGCAAUACCUCUACUCUACUACAAGCCAGACAAUGAGGAAAUGGAAGCGCAGCGCAAAGAAAGCCUCGGCGUAUUGUGCUCGGUUAUCGAACAGCUGAAUCACAGAUUCGGCAUCGCCAAGACCGUGGCCAAAAAGAUAAAGCUCCUCCAACGGGAGCGAGAAGACAUCUUGGCACAGAAGGAUGCCGGACUGGAUGGAAAUGCUCUCAGCGGGGACAGCAUCGUACUUCAAAACACGCCCCCUCACCAGCUUACAGCUUUGUUCCCGCAGCUGCAAGCCUGGGCAGUCAGACGGGAAUCAGGGCACCAAAAUUCAAUUUUGGAUGCCAUAUCGCGGACACACUUCGACAAUGAAACCCACGAAGUCGAGAUGACUGUGCAAUGGAUUUCUGAAGCUCCUAUAUCAGCAUUUGAUGCACUCGGUGCACCUGGGUUCAUGGAUGAUUUCUUCAGCACUGGUUACCUUGGUGACGAAAUGGACUUUGAGUUGGAAGCAAUGGUACCGAUUAAUUCUGUAUAA